GGGUACAAAUUUGCUAUGCAAGUACAGUCAGUAGAAUACUUUCAAAGUGAAUUGAUUUGUUGGUGUUAUUUUUAAAGUUUUUCACAAGAUAAUUUAGUUUUUAUCUAAAAAACAAAUAAGCAAUUACAAAGAAAACGUUUUAAACAUUGUUUAAACACACAAAACCCAGUGACAUUCUAGAAACACACAAAAAGCUUUUCAACAGCUUCAAAUUUUAUAAAUUUAUAAAAAAAAAACUUCACACAAAACCAAACAAAAACACAAUGACAGACAAACCAAAACGUCCUCUCUCCGCCUACAUGAUCUGGCUUAACUCUGCCCGCGAAGGUAUUAAACGUGAACAUCCCGGCAUUAAGGUCACAGAAAUCGCCAAAAAAGGCGGUGAAAUAUGGCGUGGCAUGAAGGACAAAUCGGAAUGGGAAGCCAAAGCCGCCAAGGCCAAGGAAGAUUAUGAAGAUGCUGUCAAAGAAUUCGAGGCCAAUGGUGGUAGUACAGCGAAUGGUGGUGGUGCUGCCAAAAAACGUGGUAAGGCUGCUAAGAAAGUAGCGAAAAAGAGCAAGAAAGCCGAUUCUGAAGAAGAGGAAGAUGAUGAGAGCGAUUAAAUUAUAUAUAAAUAAGUAAACAAACAAACACUCAAAAGAAAUAAACAACAAAAACAAUUCUCACAAGCAGCUGGCGCAGCAGCAGAGCCAACACACAACAAAUUGUAAAAAAGAAAAACAACAUUUUUUUUUCGCCCCCCCCCGCAAGAAAA